UCAUUGUUCUGAGGGUUUUGGUAUAAGACACGGAGUAUUCUGGAUUCAGGCAGAAUUCAGAAACGGUAAAUCCAUAUGUAUAAGCCAGGCUUUAGAGUUAACUGGAACUUAAGAAAAAGGUCGAAAUGGCAGCAUGAUCUUUGACCUUAGCCGGUUCCGUGUCGAACGAAUUAAAAAAUAAUUUGCCAAAUGUCAAAACUUGAUAAAUAAAUGUGAAAAAACCUUUCAUUGGAAAAAACGGUGUUAUAAUAUGAAAUCGAAUAUAAGUUAUUGUGGAAUUAAAAUUUACUAAAUACCAAACAUUAAAUAUCAUACAUACAUAUGCCUCUAUCCCACUAAAUAUCAAAUUUCAUCAUGAUGUUAGAAACUGAUGAUAUUGAUGAUGAUUACUUUACACCUGUCCCUUCCACAUCAUUAGCAAGCAUCUUUGCUACAAGUUCAAAAAACCCAGAAACUAAAGACAAUGAAUCUUUGAAAUAUACACCUCCAAAGCAGCAAACUAUUUCACAUAAAACAGAUGAUUCUAAGACACAAUGUGUUUUCGCAACUGCACUAGUUGGAUAUGAAUGGUGAAUACAAAUAAAAAAAAAUUAGUACCUAUUGUGCUUGGUUGGAUAAUGUUUAUACAUGUAGAGGUAAUCUUGGUUUUGCCAUAAUGAAAAUCCAUAAAUCAGGAUUACAUAAUAUUAUUUUGUAUGAUUCAAGAAAAAUCACACUCUCUAUAACAUCCAUAAUUCCGACAUUGGAAGUCAUUAUUAAUAAAAACCAAAGUAUAUCUUAUUACGAUGACUUUCGCAAAUAUUGGUCACUUUAUGUAAAUGAAGACUCUUUACAUUCCAUUACAUCAUUAUUAAAAUCUUUUAAUACCCAAAUCAAAAUGAGUUCCCAUACUGACAAAAAUCCGCCUGAACCUAUCAUAGAAAAUAAUAAAACUAAUACAGAAGAUAUCAAGAAGGAUAUAGGCAGUGAUACAGAUUCUUCCAUUAACAGAAAAACAAAAAUGUCUAUUUUAAAUCGAAUGGCUAACAUGGGUCAAUCAGUGUUGCCAACUAAUGUAAAUUUCAAUGAAAAUACAAGUGAUUCAUCAGAUACAAGUGAAAAUAUCACACAUACAAAGACAUUCAGACAUAAACCAAUAAAAAAUAUAAGAAAGGAUAUGAGUAAUGAAAGAAAUACUGUAGUAUGCACUCCACAAAAGAUGUGUGAAAGUGAACAAAACCAAGUUGCAAUUAGUACUCAGAAAGUAUCUGAUAAUACGGCACUAUAUACAUAUGUCAAUGGUGUGCUGGUCCCUGUAACAAGUGCCAAUUUAAUGAGCAACAGUAUUGAUAGAAAUAUAAAUAAUAUGGAACUUUAUUUUAAUGAACAAAGGAUGAAUAAUACUGAGAUGCGAAUAAAUGUGAAUAGAAUUACAGAUAAAGUUGACCAUGUCCUGCAGAAACUCAACAAUCUUGAAGAAAAAGAAACAAGUGGAGGAAGUGCCAUAAACAUGCAAAUAAGUGUCUAUCAAAAGUUACUUUUAGAAUAUGAAAACAAAAUAAAAAUGUAUGAAAACUUAUUGAAAAAUAAAGGAUUAGAAACAAAAACUAGCAAUGAAGAUACAAACAAUGAAAUGGAAAAAAAGAUGCAAGAAUUAAAACUGAAUAUUACAAAACUAGAACAAGAAAACCAAGAAAAAGCUGAUGAAAUUUCUAAACUUGGAAAUGAAUUAAAAGUCUUGCAACAAAAAGUUGACACCUCAGCAGCUUUAAGGGAGAGCACAGAUAUUAUGUUAAACAAAAUUAAAGAUUUAGAACUUGCUGUGUCAGAUAAAGAUUUAGAGGUGAGAGAUGUAAUGAAGAAGUAUGAAAACUUAUUGCAAAGUAAAAACGAAUAUAACAUUGAAGAGAAAAUUAAAAGUAUCAUGAACAAUACUUAUCAAACUAUAUCGGGAAAUUUUCAUAACAAUGAAUCAUAUUCUGGUGAAAAAAUCAACAAGAUUAUAGCAGUUGUAAUUAGAAACAUAACAUUGCAUACAUUAAAUAUGCUCAAUGAUGAAAAAAAUAAUUCAUAACACCAAUGCUCCUCAACCUUUAGAAUAUCUUCUCCUACCAUUAGGCCUUAUCUCAGUCCAAUAAGGGAUGGUAACUAAUUUUCAAGCAUAUAACAUGUUUAAGGACUUAUGAGAGGCCACUUGUCUUAACAUGAUGAACACUCUAUGUGAAUCUGAUUCUGGACAAGUGGUGGUGUUAAAAACUUGCAUAAAUUGAAGCAUUUGGAAAUCAAACUCCAGGUACUCCUGGUGCACAGUCCAUAUUAUUAUCUACAUAUAAUAUGUUUCUACUAAUGUAAGGAAGCAAUAAAUAUAAUAAGAAUAAAAUAAAUAUUUUUCUUGUAUAUAA